AUGGCGGCUCGGUGGUCAACCCUUCUCACUGCUGCGGCGACUCUCUGCCAGUCCACUGUCGCAGAGCCCGUCUUUCGGGAUAACAUCUCCUUCAAGGGCCCCUUUGAAGUCGAGAGCAAUGGUAUCCGGAACAUUAACAUUGACUACAAUGGUUCUCUAGAUGGCGAGCUCGCUAUUGUCUAUGGUGCUUGCGACAUCAAGACACCUGCGGACGCCCACCACAAGAUCGGUCGGACGCACAUUGGGUCUCACCCGGCGGCCAAGCGCCACUUGGAGUGGACCGACCAGAGACCUACCAAGUUCGUCUGGAUGGUUCCCGAGGAUGUCACCUCCGGAUGUCUGCAUGCCUUUGUGGACAACCAGCUCGUCGGACGCUCCGCGGAGCACACCGUCAAGAGCCGUAAGAUGAGGAAGCGAGCCACAUUCGCUGACUCCACCGACCCCAUGGGUCCUUGGUUUGAUGGUGUCGAGUAUCUGAAGCAGAAGCAGCCCGACGAGGUCUUCGUCGCAUCUGUCAAGAACAAGACAUUCGGUAUCUUGGGAGCUGGUAUCUCCGGUCUGCACACUGGUCUACUGCUCGACUCCGUUGGCAUUCACAACUGGAAGAUCCUCGAGUCUUCCGACAGGCUUGGCGGUCGCAUUCACACCACCUACCUGAACGGAACUUCACCACAGGACGGCCAGCAUCAUGAACUUGGACCCAUGCGUUUCCCGCACUCUAUCCAUGAUGCCGAGACCAACGAGACAUACCCCAUCAACGACCAGAAGAUGAUCUACCAACUGGCCGACGUUCUCAACGAGAUCAACAAGGAUGCCGACCCCUCUCUGCAAGUCAAGUUCAUCCCUUGGAUCCAGGUGUCCGACAACGCUCCUGUCGCGACCAAGGAGCGUCGCCCCGAUGGCACCGUUCCGGGCCGCAAGGAGAUCGCGGCCAACCCUGCCCUGCAGAGCAACACCACGUACUCCAACGCCACUGCUGUGAAGGAGGCCAUCCAAGCUCUGGACGACUUCAAGGACCUGACCCCGGAGAAGGCCAAGUUCUACGCCACCAACGUCUUCCAGGCUCACAAGCAAGCCGUCGAGCAGGGCAUGUUUGACUUCAGCGAGGUCGAGUACCUGAGGUACAUCAUGAAGACCGAUCUGAACGUCACCGACGAAGCCACUCCCUCCAACGUCGUCUGGCCCAUGUGGGAGUUCGAGACCGUCUACUUCAUGGCGAACGAGUGGCGCACCGUGGACGGCGGCAUCAGCCGUCUCCCCGCUGCCUUCGAGAACAUCGUCAAGGACCGCAUUUCCUACAAGACCAAGGUCUUCAGCGUCAAGUACAACGAGGAGGCCAAGAACGUCAACGUCACCUGGCGCCCGACCGGUGGCAACCCCUGGUCGAAGAACACCACGACCGAGACAUUCGACUACAUCUUCAACAGCGUCCCCCUCAACGUCCUCAAGUACUGGAAGAUGCCCCCCCACUCCAGCCUGCUGCGUCGCGCCAUCGAGCGCACCGUCUUCCUCGGCGCCGUCAAGGUCGCCAUGCAAUACAAGACUCGUUUCUGGGAGCACCUCGAGCACCCCAUCAUCGGCGGCUGCGGACGUACCGACAUCUACGGCAUCGGCCAGAUCUGCUACCCCUCUUACAACAUCAACAGCACCGGUCCCGGUGUCAUGCUGACUUCGUACGCCCCCGACGCGGAUGCCGUCGUCGCCUGCUCCAUGCCCGUCGAGGAGCACAUCGCCUACAUCCAGGAGGCGAUGGUCGAGAUCCACGGACCUAUCGCCGACGAGAUGUGGACCGGUAACUAUGAGCGUCACUGCUGGGAGCAGGAUGAGCACCACGCCGGUGCUUUCGCCGUCCCCAUCGUCCCCCAGCAGCAGCUCUACCUGCCUGCCUUCUGGCAGACCGAGUUCAACACCGUCUUCAUCGGUGAGGCUACGAGUUUCACCCACUCUUGGGUCUUCAGCGCUCUGGAGAGUUCCACUCGUGGAACCGUGCAGAUGCUGCUUGAUUUGGGUCUGGUGGAUGAAGCCAAGGAGAUCACUCGCACAUGGAUGGCGAGAUGGAUCAGCGUUUAG